UCAGAUUCAAUUACGUGAACUGCGCCGCCAUAUCAGACAACACUUUAACGGAGUCGACCAGAGUUCCCCUCACCAAACAGGCCGCUUUUGGGUUUUGCGUCCUUCAUAAUCAAAAUGAUUUGCCUACAGCUAUGCUUAAUGGUCGCACUAGUACUUCAAUGCAUCGAUGCGCAAGCUAUCAGGAAUGGUAACACGAACAGCGAAGGCAGAAUGAAAUGUUAUAACGAACAGUCCGAACCCAUUCGAUGUGUUCCUGGUUUUGUGAACGCCGCAUUUCGACGCGAAGUGAAGUCGAACAACACUUGCGGUACACCUGCUACUAAAUAUUGCGUUCAGACUCUGUCAACCGGUCAAAGAGAGGAAUGCCAAUAUUGCGAUAGUCGCAGUAACGCGACAAGUCAUCCUGCGAUUCUUAUCACUGACGUGAAGGACGACAGAAACUACUCUUGGUGGCAAUCUGACACGUUGUAUACGUUCUUAAGAAAUAAUAUAUACGAUCGCACGAAUCGUUUUUCUAAGGUUGUGCUGACCCUGGAUUUGAACAAAGCUUUUGAUAUCGUAAGCAUAAGACUUCGUUUCCGUUCGUUGCGGCCCGAGUCCAUGGCAAUAUUUAAGAAAACAACGGCCGACGACAAUGCUCCGUGGAUUCCCUAUCAAUACUACUCCACCUCUUGCCAAGAAACGUACGGUAUUCAACCCGACCAACUUAUAAUCGGUGAUAGUAACCUUCAAACAGCCUUGUGCACUGCGAAAUACAGUCAAAUUGUGCCUAUUUUCGGAGGUGAGGUACUUUUUCGAACACUGAAGAACCGACCGGGCAAGAACAACAUCGAAAAGUUACCAGAGUUACAGGAAUGGAUCCUUGCAACGUCCUUAAAAUUCGAACUGGACCGUUUGAACACUUUUGCCGAUGACAUUUUUGGCGAUCCCAACGUUCUCAGGAGCUACUACUACGCCAUCAUUGACCUUUCUGUAUUGGGAAAAUGUCACUGCAAUGGUCACGCAUCGAUUUGUAAACCAAGAAAUGGUAAUAACUAUUUCUGCGAGUGCGAACACAACACGACUGGUAUUGACUGCGAGAAAUGCCUACCGACACACAACAAUAAACCUUGGGGAAGAGCGACUAGUGAGAAUGCUUUUGCUUGUGAAGCGUGUGAAUGUAAUGGCCUUGCGGAAACCUGCGAAUUCGAGGCAGAACUUUACGAAAGGACCGGCAAGGGUGGUCGAUGUAUAAACUGUCGUAAUAACACGGGGGGGGCUCACUGUGAGAGAUGUCGUGUGAAUUACCACCGUGAACAAGAUCACGAAGACUGCCGAGCAUGUAACUGCAAUCCUACUGGUUCAUUGAGUCUGCAGUGUUACAAGGACGGUCGCUGUUACUGCAAACCUGGUGUAACUGGGGAUAAAUGUGAUCGUUGCGAGCCUAACCACUACGGUUUCUCUUCGGAUGGGUGCAGUCCGUGUGAAUGCUCGGUGAAAGGAACGCGAUUGGAUAACUUCCAAUGUGACGACAACGGUCAGUGUAAUUGCAAGAAAAACGUUGUUGGUAAGAACUGUGACAAGUGUCUUGACGGUCACUUUGCCCUGGAGAAGGACAAUCCCGAUGGAUGUCGUCACUGCUUCUGCUAUGGUCAUUCAUCCGACUGUAAGUCAGCUGCUGGCUACUCCAGUGUCAACCUGACAUCGACCUUCCGUACUGGUUUUGAGGGAUGGCGAGCAUUUAACAGCGGAGGCGAGGACCUAACGGCAACGCUUGGAACGUGGAAUGCUGGUGAACAAAGCGUGGGGGUGACGUCGAUCAACCAAGAUUCUCUUUUCCUCACCGCACCGCUUCCAUAUUUAAAAAAGAAACGCAGCAGUUAUUCGAGGAUCUUGUCCUUCCGCUUUAAAGUUGCCAGUACAGAAAACAUGCAGUUCACCAAAGGCGACAUCAUGUUGAUAUCAAGGAGUAGAGAUGGAUUGAUGGUUUCAACUUCUCUCACGGGACAAGGUAACCCCGUACCGACGCGUGAAUUCCAACUAUACCAAUAUCGUCUUCACGAGGACCCGUCGUUUGACUGGGGCCCACAGCUAAAUGGCUUCAAUUUUCAACGCUUGCUCAACCAUUUGGAUGAAAUCAAAAUCAGAAUGACGUAUUCCGACCAAGGCACGGGCAUCAUCGACGACAUAUCUCUGGAGUACGCGACCAAAGAUACGAAUGCCGUCGACUUCGUGGUUUGGGUAGAGGAGUGCACCUGCCCACCCCCCUACGUUGGAUUGUCCUGUGAUGCCUGUCGCGAGGGGCAUAAGCACGAGAUAGUCAAUGGUUCUGCGUAUGACAGAUGCGUUCGAUGCGAAUGUAACCAGCACGCGGACAGCUGCGAUGCCGAUACGGGAAAAUGUGACUGCUUGCACAACACAGUUGGAAAUGAUUGCUCGAUUUGCAAAGACGGUUUUUACGGCAACCCAACCGCAGGUACUCCGGAUGAUUGCAAGCCAUGCCCGUGUAAAUACGGGACAAAGUGCAUCGAAAUUGGCGGAAAAGUCACGUGUACAGUUUGCGAUGAAGGACAUCAAGGUGAACUUUGUGAAUCGUGUGUCGACGGAUAUUUUGCUGCGCCCGGGGAUCCUUGCAGAAAAUGCAAUUGCAACGGUAACAUCGAUGCGAACGCUGUUCAGAAUUGCGACUCCAUUUCUGGCGACUGUUUAAAGUGCAUAUACAACACACGAAACGGUCCGAAGAAUCAGUGCGAGCUCUGUAAAGUCGGUUACUAUGGUGAUGCGUUGACUUAUCCAAAACCCGGAUGCAAAGCCUGCGACUGUCACGAAAAUGGAACGUACUCAUCAUCGUUGAAUGUCGUCGAUGGCACACCCUUACCAUGUGAUCAGAAUGGUCAGUGUACGUGCCGCGAGAACGUCGUUGGUUUGAAAUGCGACCAAUGUUUGGAGAAUUACUGGAACAUCAACUCCGGGGAUGGUUGUGAGGCGUGCGCAUGUCACUCGACGGGUGCUUACAAUGAUAGUUGCGACAUGUUCUCUGGACAAUGCGUCUGCAAGCCUGGUGUUGGUGGUCGACGUUGUGAUCAAUGUUUACCAGAUCAUUACCAAUUCUCGCCCGAGGGCUGCCGAGCUUGCAAUUGUGAUCCAAACGGAUCUCUAGGCGUCUCGUGUGACGAGGACGGACGUUGUGUUUGCCGACCAGGUGUCUUAGGAAUCAAAUGUGAUCAAUGUGGCGAAAAUCGAUUCAAUCUUUCUGCUGGAUGUACACGCUGCCCUCCUUGCUAUGACGAACUUCAGAUCAAGGUAAACAAGCUUCGGGCAUUUUUGAAAGCAUUGAACGAGUCCAGCGAGAACAUAACCCGUGGCUCCGCAGACGCAAAUCCGGACAAGGAGUUCUUAAAACGCUUGAACAUUGUGAAAGAUGAGUUACAUUUGUUAUUAUUGAGAGCAGAAAACAUUUCUGAGGCCGACCAAGAGCUAAUGCGUCGACUGGAUGCCGUCAAUCAAACUUUGAAUGUUAUCGAUGAAAAGCUAAAAAACAGCGAAACUAAGACAACGGAAGCUGACGUGAAUGCAAAGACUGCCAGCAGUGAAGUGAAAUUGGCCGAAGAGUCAAUUGAGCGUUCCUGGAAACUUGUCGAUGAAAUACGUGGCCCGACGAAUCGGACAUCCGAGAUCAUCAAUGAAAUCUACAAAAUCAGUUCUAACUGGAACAAGACUAUCAUAAACAUAUGGGAGACUGUUAAUAAGAUUCAAAACCGUUCCGAGGAUCAACAGCGGGAAAUAGAGGAAUUGAGAAAGAAAGCACUCGAGGCUUUGAACGCUUCGACAUUGGCAAACAGAGAAAUGGAAGAUAUUCUGCUCGAUCAGAAAAAUACUGAAGCAAAAUUGAUGUUUAGCGACAACACGAUCGGUGAACUAAAAGCCCUUGCAGAUGACGUCUACGAUAACAGUUCUAAAAGUCAAAGUGCCGCAUCAAGCACACUUCAAAAGGCUGAGGAACUUUUGGACGAAGCAAGCAAACCGCUCGCUUUUGUCAAUGUCAAUGAAACUAAAGCCGAAGCUGCGACGUCUACAAACGAAGCAAAGGAAUUGCAAGAUGAAGCAAGAAGCCUUAAAGGAAACACAAACUUACAGAAUAUUUCUGACGCAGAGUUGAUGAAGAGAGUUAAAAAAUUGUAUCGCAUUGAAAAUGUCACCAGUGAUCUUUUGAAUCAAGUAAAGCAAGCGAAUAGAACGGCAGACGAGGCUAUCGUUAAUGGUACAAAAACUUUGGAACUUGCGAAGGAAAAUCUUAAACUUCUAGAGAAUUUCAACAAAGAAGUAAACGAAAGUAUGACUAGAGCGGACAAGGCCAAGGGAAAUUUAGUCGAAAUACGUCGUCUUAUAUCUCUCGCCAACAACAACACCGCUAAGGCCAAUGAUGAGAUCGAUGAUGCCAGAAAACUUGUCGGAGAUGCUGAGAAUAUUGCUAAAAGCGGAAGUGAAACAUCGUCCAAAACAAAUGACGACGCCGAAAAAUUGAAAAGGGAAGUCGACAGCUUUGUCGUUCCGGACGCAAAUAUUUACGAAGACGUCAAAAAUGCCGAAAAAAUGAUCGAGAAGUACGAAGAACGGGUAAAAAAUCAGUCGCGUCUUGUUAAAAAUGCGAAGAAAACGGUAAACGAAUCGAAAAUGAAUGCGCAAUCCGUCAAAGAUACCAUAAAGAAAGUUCGCUCAAGCAUCAUUGAAGUCGAGUCGAAAAUUGCUGACUUGGGAGACUUGGACUGGGAUAGGUUGUACGAGCUCGAAAAGGCAAUUGCGGAGCAAGAGAAAAUGGAAAGGGAUCUCAAAGAAAAGGUAGCAUUUCUCGAGGUUGAUAAGACAAGAAUAGAUCGACAAAUCAAGAGCUACUACAUCGAUCUGAGCGAACUAAACGAAGCUUUGGUAGAACUUACAAAGAACCACGGCAAACUUCAUGGCACGUGUUUAAAGGAAGUGCCGGAUCCCAACUAAAAGAAAUUUGACAUAAGAGCAAUAAACCUAUGCCUUUAUAUAUAGUGAAAAUUCAAACCAUAUCGUUAUCAUACAGAUUUCAUGUAUUAUAAUGACUGUUUUUGUAGAGGAAUAACGGUCAUGGAAAUUGCAGAACGGAAUUGUCGUGUUUAUCUACUCAAAUGUCCAAGACUGACUGUAUGCGAUUUAAAGUUUUAUUUUAUUUUAUUAACGUUAGAAAUAAACUUUAUUGUUGUAUUUUGAGGAUUUUUUACCAUUAGAAAAGUCGUGAGAACCGCGACGCAAAGUGUAA